AUGAUCGAAGAAUUAGAGGAGCAAACUUUUGAAGAAGAGGACAUUGAAUUCUUUGAAUUUAAACAACUGAAUAAAAAUGCAUUGAGAGUACAACUUUCAGAAGACGUUGUUGACGAAAAAACACCCUCCUAUUAUUCCUUACUUGCAAUAUCUAAUAUUUAUGGACUCUUUGUGGUUGCAACAACCAAAGGCUUCAUUUACGCGUCAUCCCAAGAUUUACGCGCAAAAUUCGAGACCUCUGGUGCCAAUUCAAAGGAACGCCUUACUCAACAAACUCAUGUUGAUAUAUCUGAGGGACGCGUUAUAUGUCUUCGUUUUUCCUCCGAUCAACUGACAUUGAUCGUUGGAAUUGAAGGCGGUCACAUCUUGUUCUAUGACGUUACUCAGUUUGCUUCAAAGUCAUCCGAAAUUAAACCCUAUCAAAGAAUGGCAUUUGACGAUGAAAUUAAAGACCUAAAACCAAAUCCAGAAAAAAUAAGUAUAGUCGCCGUUUUACUUACAUCUGGGAGAGUAUAUAUCAAAGAUUUUCUGAAGAAUGCUGAGAUUGGCACCAUACAAAGCAAUAAAAUGGGAGAUCAAACAACUGCUAUAUGUUGGUCACCAAAGGGUAAACAAUUAGUGUGUGGCAGUCAAACAGGAAAACUCAUGCAGUAUACCCCUGAAGGAGCACCUAAAGUUACCAUUGAACCACCGCCAGAAUUGCAACAACCUGCUUACUACGUUCAGAAUGUUCUCUGGCUGGAAAAUACACUGUUUCUCGUGGCUUAUUUUCCGGUUAUUCAAGAAGAACAUUCCGAACAUGAGGUUUACGUAGUGUCUCGAGAAGUUGGAGUGAAAACGAUAUAUUAUAAGUGUCCAUUUAUUUGCAGUCCUUCAGAUCGCGAAAAAUCUCCAUACUUAUUUAUGGAAGUAAUAAAAGAUUGGGGUUCAAACUUGAAAACUCUUGUAUUCUGUGCAAGUGCAAAUUCUGCUGAUGUAAAUUUAAUUGCACGCGACGGAUCAAAUAACUGGGCUAGUUGGAUUCCUGCGGAAACUGAUCGUGCGGCCCUUCCAUUGUCAGACGUUCACGAUCAAGAUACAUUGCCAGUUGGAUUUGCUCUUGAUUUCACAUCGACGGCUCAUUGGACCACCCGUGUGGAUGCAGAGGAAAACGUGCAAAUACCACCGGUUCCUAUACUAUAUAUUUUGAACGACGAAAGUGAUAUUUUAGGAUAUCAUUGUUUUCACAAAGAUGUUUUUACGUCAAAAGAAAAUUUCUCUGGAAUGUCAGCUCCUCGAGUUCUUCCCACUUCUGGACAUUCAUUAGAACUUCAGCCCCCCAAAAUUAAUACACCACCUCGUACCGAUGCGUCUGACACUCCUUUACCUCAUGCCUACAAUAAACCUGACACUCCUUUACCUCGUGCCUACAAUAAACCUGACAUUCCUUUCGCGUCAUCUGUUAAAAAGGAUAGCAUUAUUCCUCCGAUUCCUAUUGUCAACGAAGAAAAAAAUGCCAUCAAUAAUAAGUUUCCAUUUUCAUCUACCAUCGACUUCCCCUUUCAAUUACCAGCGAAGAGUAUUACCCCUGUGCCUACGCAGAAUAAAAUAACGCCAUUGCCUAAUAGAGAAGCAUUUAAAAUUAGCUCUCAAAUACAAGCACAAGGAGUUAGUGCUCCUCCAUCUGUUGUCCCUCAGAAACAAGUUGUUGAUCAACGACAAACACAAAAUAAUUUGGAGUCAAAGAAUCCACAUGAUGUUCAAUAUAAUAAUACCAAUAACUCUAUUAAUGAACUCCAAAAAAUAAUAAAGGCGAUGGAGAGCAAAUACACUUCAAAAUACCUUACCCGAUCAAAUGAGCGAGAUUUGAACAACAUCAACACUUGGUCUCUUGGUGAUUUAUCUGCGAUUACCUCGGAGACGAAAAAGUUAGAAAAUGAGGCAGACUACAAUGUUCAAGCAUUAAAUUAUUUGCAACGCCAGACAAGUGAUCUCCUUCAUGAAGUUAGUCAAGAUGUCACCAAGAUGAAGAAGGAAAUUGAACACUUGAUGGGUACUCCUUCUAGCAUGAUCACUGUGGGACACCGUGGAAUGUUGCAAACGCGCAUUAAAGAAAAACUGGUGUCCACUUUCAAGUCCGUGAAAGAGAGUGUUAAAGAAGUAGAAAAGCAAUUGAACGCGUUGCACGAACAAAUUCAGGAAAAAAAGAAUAAAAAUACAUUAAGACAGUCUCCUUUGGAAUACAUUGACCGGUCCAUUUAUAAUAUUAGUAAAAGCUUAUAUCGUAAUGCAUCUCAGGUUGAUAACCUGAGUGCACAGCUAGAUAAGCUUUCGCUCCAUGCGAUAACAGAAAGUGAAAGUUACACCAAUGAACCUUCGUACGUUUCUACUCAGAUCACUGAAGAAGUCAAGUCCAUUAUGUCCCCUACACGAAACAUUUCUUAUUCGGUAGAUGCUGCAAAAUCUACUGCUGCUUAUUUGAAUAAGGAACGUUUUUGCGAGAAACUCAAAAGCUUGAAUAGACUCAAACGAAAAUCUCCGAUUAAAACCAAUAUUUUCGAAGAAAAAACUUUUGAAAUUGGAGAGAGAAAACAAAAUCAUCCUAUUAUGAUUUCUCCAAAGAAAAGUCCAAGUCCGGUUAAGGUUCAUAAUAUGCAAACACAAUCCCAUGAGUCCAAAAUAAUAAGUGCGCAAGAUGCAUUGACUUCUUUUACGAAAGCAUCAAGCCCCCUCCGAAAUGUAUUAUCCUUUUCCGAUUCUGAUAAUAACAUUCAAUCUAAAUCAUUUGAUCAUGUUGGUGAUAACUCCCCUUUGAGAGGUACAAAUAGAACUUUCGGUGUUCCUUUUUUCAAGGUUGAAGAUGUUGUUUUGUCGCCGACAUUAGGAAGACAAGAACUGGGAAUAAGAAAUAAUGAAUUAGAUUACGAAAACGAACUUGAUGAGACUGAACAUUAUGAACCUCCGAAGGGUGUCUUACCCAGUAUUCCCAAUGUAUCCAUUUUCGAGGAUAAUAUGAACCGUCGGUCUAACUUUGAUAUAUUAGAUUCUGGACCCACAGAGAUUCAAGACUUAACAAGUGCAACUCAAACGUAUUCCAGCAACAAAUCAUUAGAACCUUUGGAUAUAGACCAAGCAAGUGCGGCGGAAGAUCGAGACGAUAACUCCAUAAAACAUGAAUUUGAUCAAAUUGUGGACACCGAUGUAUCAGGAAUUUCCAAGAUAUCUGAAGGUUUUGAACUAAGUUCAACGAUUACGGUUCCAUCGGAUAAUGUCGCAGAAGAAUUAUCUGAUUCAUCUGAGUCUGAAGUGGUAUCUCCCCAACCUGUUGGGUCUCAUCAACAUCCUACACUAGAAACAGUUCAGGAUGAUUCGAGCACUCAAGAUAUUUCUCAAGAUUCUGUGGAUCUGAAGUUUAAUAAAAUUGUCGCAACCGAUACUUCAAGAUUGUCUCGGAUCUCGGAACUUGAUCAACAUUAUGAUCGAGUGGAAGAAGAAUCGAAUACCAGUGUUGUGCAAUCAGAAAAAGAGUUAUAUUCAGCGCCUGACAUAUCCGAGGAGAGUGCGACUAUAGAGCAAGGUACAAACAGUAAUGAUGAGAAUGUUGAAACAGUUUCCGAAAUAAAAGACGAAAUAGAAACAUCGUCACAAAUUGAAAUCGACAAGUCUGCCUCUGAUGAAGGAGUUAUGAAUUUAAACACGGAAGCUACUGAAUUAAACGAAAUAACUGAAAAUUUUUCUCUCGGAUUGGGGCAGUCAUCAAGUCCUGUUAAUUUACCAAAUCAGACUGGUGGAUUUGGCACCUUUGGAGACUAUUCAUCGCUACCAAAUAAACCUAGUUUUGCAUUUGGCACUCCUUCGCCUUCUCCUUCACCGUUUGGUGCAGGGUCAACGUUUGACAUUAAUAAUAACACAAGUAUUCCACCCGCAUUCGCAACACCGCCGACUAAUGUAAACGCAUUUGGAUCAUUACCAUCAGACGAUUUGCAACCAUCAUCAGCUUUCGCUCAACCUUCGUUUGGUCAACCUGCAACGCCUAACGCCUUUGGGCAACCAACGUUUGGUCAAACGGGCUUCGGACAAGCACAAGCUCCUUCUUUUGGUCAACCGGCAUUUGGUCAAACAGGCUUUGGACAAAGACCUGUAUUUGGGGCGGCUUCAGCACUUGGAAGCACUACUCUGAAACCUAGUGGGGGCGGUUUUGCGCGAUUUGCAAAUAACAGUGCAUUUGGAGGUACCGGUUUCGAUGGAUCAGAAAAUGCUUCCACUAGUACUGCUAAUACUGUGAACCCAUCGUUUACUCAGUAUCGAGGAUGA